GCCAUCUUGUCUUGUUCGGGAAGAAGUAGAAGCAGCGAAAGGGUUGGAGGUAUUACAGGGACGGUGGCGGCAACCGUAUUCCGGAAUCACAGUGAGGCAUAAGUAAUUUUGCUGCUAUGCUUCCAAGCUGUAGUCUGAAUCUGUCUAAAUUUUAAACAGAAGGUGAAUCUUUAAGAUAGAAAAUCAAAUAUAUUUUUAAAGUCAGGAUGUGGGAUCAAGGAGGACAGCCUUGGCAGCAGUGGCCAUUGAACCAACAACAGUGGAUGCAGUCAUUCCAGCACCAGCAGGAUCCAAGCCAGAUUGAUUGGGCUGCAUUGGCUCAAGCUUGGAUUGCCCAAAGAGAAGCUUCAGGACAGCAAAGCAUGGUAGAACAACCACCAGGAAUGAUGCCAAAUGGACAAGAUAUGUCUACAAUGGAAUCUGGUCCAAACAAUCAUGGGAAUUUUCAAGGGGAUUCAAACUUUAACAGGAUGUGGCAACCAGAAUGGGGAAUGCAUCAGCAACCCCCACAUCCCCCUCCAGAUCAGCCAUGGAUGCCACCAACACCAGGCCCAAUGGACAUUGUUCCUCCUUCCGAAGACAGCAACAGUCAGGACAGUGGGGAAUUUGCCCCUGACAACAGGCAUAUAUUUAACCAGAACAAUCACAACUUUGGUGGACCACCCGAUAAUUUUGCAGUGGGCCCAGUGAACCAGUUUGACUAUCAGCAUGGGGCUGCUUUUGGUCCACCGCAAGGUGGAUUUCAUCCUCCUUAUUGGCAACCAGGACCUCCAGGACCUCCAGCACCUCCCCAGAAUCGAAGAGAAAGGCCAUCAUCAUUCAGGGAUCGGCAGCGUUCACCUAUUGCACUUCCUGUGAAGCAGGAGCCUCCACAAAUUGAUGCGGUAAAACGCAGGACUCUUCCAGCUUGGAUUCGGGAAGGUCUUGAAAAAAUGGAACGUGAAAAGCAAAAGAAGUUGGAGAAAGAAAGAAUGGAACAACAGCGUUCACAGUUGUCCAAAAAAGAAAAGAAGACUACAGAAGAUGCUGAAGGAGGUGAUGGCCCUCGUUUACCUCAGAGAAGUAAAUUUGAUAGUGAUGAGGAAGAUGAAGAUGCUGAAAAUGUUGAGGCUGCAAGCAGUGGAAAAGUCACCAGAAGUCCAUCUCCAGUUCCUCAAGAAGAGCAAAGUGAACCAGAGAUGACUGAAGAAGAGAAAGAGUAUCAAAUGGUAAAAAAUAUGUUAUUGACAAAAAUGCUUUUGACUGAAAUUCUACUGGAUGUCACAGAUGAAGAAAUUUAUUAUGUAGCCAAAGAUGCACACCGGAAAGCAACAAAAGCUCCUGCAAAACAGCUGGCACAGUCCAGUGCACUGGCUUCCCUCACUGGACUCGGUGGACUGGGUGGUUAUGGAUCAGGAGACAGUGAAGAUGAAAGGAGUGACAGAGGCUCUGAGUCAUCUGACACUGACGAUGAGGAAUUACGGCACCGAAUCCGGCAAAAACAGGAAGCUUUUUGGAGAAAAGAAAAAGAACAGCAGCUGUUACAUGAUAAACAGAUGGAAGAAGAAAAGCAACAAACUGAAAGGGUUACAAAAGAGAUGAAUGAAUUUAUCCAUAAAGAGCAAAAUAGUUUAUCAUUACUAGAAGCAAGAGAAACAGACGGUGAUGUGGUUAAUGAAAAGAAAAGAACUCCAAAUGAAACUACAUCAGUUUUAGAACCAAAAAAAGAUCAUAAAGAAAAAGAGAAACAAGGAAGGAGCAGAUCAGAAAGUUCUAGUAGUGGUAGUUCUAGUAGCAAUAGCAGAACUAGUAGUACUAGUAGUACUGUCUCUAGUUCUUCAUACAGUUCUAGCUCAGGUAGUAGUCGCACAUCUUCUCGAUCUUCUUCUCCUAAAAGGAAAAAGAGACAUAGUAGGAGUAGAUCUCCAACAAUUAAAGCUAGACGUAGUAGGAGUAGAAGUUACUCUCGCAGAAUUAAAAUAGACAGCAAUAGGGCUAGGGUAAAGAUUAGAGAUAGGAGAAGAUCUAAUAGAAAUAGCAUUGAAAGAGAAAGACGAAGAAAUCGGAGUCCUUCCCGAGAGAGACGUAGAAGUAGAAGUCGCUCAAGGGAUAGGCGAACCAAUCGGUCCAGUCGCAGUAGGAGUCGAGAUAGACGUAAAAUUGAUGACCAACGUGGAAAUCUUAGUGGGAGCAGUCAUAAACAUAAAGGUGAGGCUAAAGAACAAGAGAGGAAAAAAGAGAGAAGUCGAAGUAUAGAUAAAGAUAGGAAAAAGAAAGACAAAGAAAGAGAGCGUGAACAGGAUAAAAGAAAAGAGAAACAAAAAAGGGAAGAAAAAGAUUUUAAGUUCAGUGGUCAGGAUGAUAGGUUAAAAAGGAAACGAGAAAGUGAAAGAACGUUCUCUAGGAGUGGUUCUAUAUCUGUUAAAAUCAUCAGACAUGAUUCUAGACAGGAUAGUAAGAAAAGUACUACCAAAGAUAGUAAAAAACAUUCAGGCUCUGAUUCUAGUGGAAGGAGCAGUUCUGAAUCUCCAGGAAGUAGCAAAGAAAAGAAGGCUAAGAAGCCUAAACAUAGUCGAUCGCGAUCCAUGGAGAAAUCUCAAAGGUCUGGUAAGAAGGCAAGCCGCAAACACAAGUCUAAGUCCCGAUCAAGAUCAACAACCCCUCUCCGUCGUAAACGCUGAGGAAUGAUGUGGCAAGAAUGCCAUGAUGUUUAAAAAAUUCCAUGAGUUUUAAGGGCUUGUCUCAUUAUAGAGGCACAUUGUGGCUGUGUAGGUGAAACCAGAAUUUUUUUUUAAAAUCUGUAAAUAGGUGUACUUUUUCCAAAUGCUGCUCCGUUAAUAGGAUUUCUUUGUAUUACUUUUUUUUUUUCCAAAAAAUAGUGCACAAUAAGACUAUAAACAUGCCAUUCUCUUUCAGCUGUAAUAUUCUUAAAAUUAUUAUUGAAUGUACUGUGAUGUCAAUAAAGCUCUUUAGUUCAUUUUUGUUAA